CUGCUUCUUUCACACUGCUCAAUGGCGCAACAAGGAACCUGGGCCAGGCUAUUGGCCUCUGUGUCGUCUUCCACAAACCAAAGAACCUUUACUGCAGAGAAAAACGUGCUCUUUAUUGGGGGUUCUGCGGCAGAUCAGAACGCCAUUAUCCAGAGCUUGUAUUACCAAGCUGGCUACGAUGCUGACAGCUACCAGAAGAGCCAUUUAAAUACCUCUCUCCACAACAGAAUUGCCAACGAUCUUUCCCUUGGAUACACCUACAUUCAGUACUUUGAUGACAACAGCGAUCUAUUGGCUCACUUGAACGUCUACACAAUUCCGUCUAACAGCUACAGUUCAGACAGCGAAUACAGUGUUGACACUUUCAACAAUUUUUCCUCUUACUCUAACUUAAUCUCUCUUUUUUUCAAAAAUAUUGAGCCAGAAAACUUAUUAAUCAUUCCAGUAUUGGAUUAUAACAGUCAGCCAAAAUAUUUUUUGAGAUUCUUGACAAACAUUUUGCAGAAUUUAUAUCUGAUUUUCAGUGACAAAAAUGCAGAAAACGAUAACCAAAGCACCUUUAAUCAAAACAAUCUCUUUUUGAAGAAAACUUUUCAAAAAAAUUCUUCCUACUAUAUUUCGAAUUCUUUCUCAAAUAUCCUACCUUUAAAUACAGGCGAAUGUGAUAUAUGUCUUGGUUGUCAUUUAUUAAUUUUGCUAAUAAACUCAAUUGAUAAUCAAAAUCUCGAUAUUCAUUUUGACGAUUUUAUUCAACAAUCUUUAAGGACAAUUGCAUUAUCGCACGCUGCCUCUUUACUUUUUUUACCAAAUAUAAAUAAUAUCAAUCUAUUAAAUAACAAAAAUGCUUCAUCUGAUUUUCCCUUAUUAAGUUUACUAUCUCAAAUUUUAAACUUCAAAUUCAAAAAAAAUUUAAUAAUCGAUAAUAAUGACAAUAAUAAAAACAACUCUGAUGAAAAUGAUAACAAUAAUAUAAACAUUUUAAUUAAACUGAUUUUAAUAGAUCAACUAAACCUACUCAUUCCUUCUGGUUAUGAUUCCUGGAAUAGAAUUAAAACAAUCAAUGAAAAUUUUGAUAUUUCCUCAUUUUCCACUAAUUAUACAACUUUAUUUAAUAAUUAUCUCAACGGAACUCGCCCCCAUUCAAAUGAAGAUGACCAAUUUCAAUUUUAUGAAUCCAAAAUUCCUUUAAUUUCUUUUUCAAAUAAUACUAUUAUUGACAAUAAUAAACCUUAUCUUUAUCCUAAUCCCAAUAAUGAAAAUGAUCCUACUAACAAUCCCAAUCUAUAUAUUGAUAAUCAAAAUCAAGAAGACGAAAAAGAUGAUAUCUCCUUGCAAAGCUUUCUUUCUCAAAAUUACAACUCCACUCAAUAUUCGUUUAAAACUGCUCCCAAUAUCAACUCCUCUUUUAGUAAUUUAAAUUUGAAUAAUUCUCAGAAUUUUCCAGAAAAUAGCUAUUCAAAUCAUUCAAUUAAUAAUAGCCUUCUCAUCAACAAUUCGCAUUUAAUUAGCAAGAAUUCCCAAAAGGAGGUUUUAACUGAUUUUUUCCAUAAUUUGAUUAAAAAGAAAAGUUUAGAAUCUUAAUUUAUCUUCUUUUUUCUAUGUCAAAGAAAAAUAUUAUGAUAAAAUAAAUAUAUAUGAUUUUAGGAAAGGUAUUUAAGUAUUUCAUCUCUUUUAUUAAAAAAAUUAAACUUAACGAUGCGAGUUUGAAUUUCUUCUUUUAUUUUUGUUUCAUUUUCAUUGCUUGGUUUUCCAUUUUUAAAUUCGACUAUUUGAAAAAUUUCAUUUGGCAAUCUUUUAUCCAUUAUAUUUAAGAUUUGUGUUGCCUCCUUUGUACUUAAUGAAGUUGAUGUUGAACUAUCAAGUAUUUUUUCAGCUAAUUUAUUUAUAGAAUAUGGUUUAUUAUUUUCUAAAAAAUAUAGUAUAUUGAAUACAGGCUUUA